AUGACUACCAUUGAUCCUCGUUUGUUCUACGAGCAGGCGCUCGUCAAUAAUGGGAUCACUCAUGCAUUUGGUGUCCCUGACUCCUGUUUGAAGGGAUUCCUAGCAUAUCUAUAUGCAACCAAAAAGUCGCCAGAACAGAUCGUCACAGCCAGUGAAGGUGCUGCUGCCGCGCUGGCUGCAGGUUACUAUCUGUCAACUCAGAGUCUCGCCGUGGCAUACAUGCAGAACUCGGGUCUUGCGAAUGCUUUGAACCCUCUACAGUCCCUGGCUGCCAAAGAAGUGUUUGGGAUUCCAAUGCUUCUUAUGGUCGGCUGGCGUGGACGUCCAGGAGAGCAUGACGAGCCGGAGCAUCUCUUGGCUGGCCCUCGCACCUUGGAGACUCUGGAGUCGCAGGGGUUUCCUUAUGAGAUCCUACCAGACACUCUUGAAGAAACCAAGGCUGCAGUAGGAAGACUUGUCAAAGCAGCCAAGGAGGGGAGCACUCCGGUCGCUCUUGUCAUCCCCAACCACAGAUUUGCUGCAUACAAGCCAGAGCAUGAAGCCAGUAAUGGUGUUUGGCACCCAGCUGUCACAAACCUCACCAAACAUUUAGUCAGGCCUGAAGAUUGGCGUUCAUCCGAGGGCCAACCUCCUCUGUCGCGAGAACACUCUAUCAGAAUCAUUCUCAAGAGACUCUACCCAGAAGAUGUCACUGUAUCCUCUGUUGGGGGUAAUUCUCGUGAGAUCUACAUGGUUCGAAAAGAGAACAAAGAGGACCUGUCGCGUGCAUUCCUAUCCAUCGGAGCCAUGGGCCACACAUACCCUCUCGCCUUUGGCGUUCAGAUUGGUCAUCACAAAGGUCGUGUCGUUUGUGUUGAAGGCGAUGGUUCCUUCUUGAUGCACGUGGGCAAUGUGGCCGUUCUGGCUGCCCAAGCCUCGGACAAACUGAUACACGUUGUGAUCCAUAAUGGCAUUCAUUGCUCAACUGGGAAUCAGCCUGUUCCGAUCAGCACCAACAACCUUCUUUCACUUUGUGGAAGUUUGCCUUAUAAGCAGAAAUUCUUUGUAGAUAGUGCUGAAGGUCUUAUUCAGGCAUUUGAAUGGGCUGACAAGAAUGCUCUGAUUGUUGUUGUCGUCAACCAGGACGUCUCAAAGGAUUUGCCGCGACCCUCAGAGCACCCAUUUGAAUUGCGAGAUGCGUUUAUCUCCCAUUUUACUAGAUAG